AUGUCCCCAAAUCCCCCAAAGUGUCCCCAAAUCCCCCAAAAUCUCCCCCAGAACGUCCCCAAAUCCCCCCGUGCCCCCGCAGACAUCGAGCGCUACUCGGACAAGUACCAGCUCUCCAACCCCGUGGACAGCGCCAUCGACUGGAGCCCAGACUGGAGGCGGCUCCCGCGGGAGUUGAAGAUCCGCGUGCGGCGGCAGCGGAAAGGCCGACCCGCUGCCCCCGUCCCCAAGAAGCCGGUGGCACUGGACAAGGAGGAGGCCAUCAAGAAGCUGGAGGUGGGGAG